CGGGGCCGGCCGGGGGCGCGCAGGCGCAGUGAGUGGGCGGCGACUGCCCGCCGGGCUGCACAAUGGGGCCGCUGGUGGCGUGGACGCUGCGGGUGGCUGCCUGGUCCCAGCUGGUUCCCAGCCCGGGGAGCGGCGCCGCAGAUGCAAAAUGGAAACAUUUCAUUGGCCAGAUUGACAGAGCAGUGGAGAGCUACAGACCGUGUAUAAAGGAGAAUUGCAGCUGCUACCAAAGUGUUAGGGAGCAGGACUUGGCUCCCUUUCAAGGAGGCAUCUCCAAGGACCUGCUGUCCGAUGUGGUUAGCCGGAAGCUUGGGACGCACUACCAGAUCAUCAAGAACAAGUUGUACCGUGAGCAUGACUGCAUGUUCCCUGCUAGAUGUAAUGGGGUCGAACAUUUCAUUCUGGAGAUCAUCGGCCGCCUCCCAGACACGGAGAUGGUAAUCAAUGUGCGAGAUUACCCCCAGGUCCCCAAGUGGAUGAAGCCAGUCAGCCCAGUAUUCUCCUUCAGCAAGACUUCUGAGUACCAUGAUAUCAUGUAUCCCGCCUGGACAUUUUGGGAAGGGGGACCAGCUGUUUGGCCAAUUUACCCGACAGGUCUUGGGCGCUGGGACUUAAUGAGAGAGGACCUCCAAAGAUCUGCAGAAAAAUGGCCGUGGAAGAAAAAAAUCUCCAAAGGAUAUUUUCGAGGAUCCAGAACAAGUCCUGAGAGGGAUCCCCUCAUUGUUCUGUCUCGAGAGAACCCAGAACUCGUCGAUGCUGAGUACACUAAAAACCAGGCCUGGAAAUCUGAAAAAGACACUCUUGGGAAACCGCCUGCGAAGGAAAUUCCUCUGGUCGAUCACUGCAAAUACAAAUACCUGUUUAAUUUCCGAGGGGUAGCAGCCAGUUUCCGUUUCAAACACCUCUUCUUGUGUGGCUCAUUAGUCUUUCACGUAGGGGAAGAGUGGCUUGAGUUCUUCUACCCACAGCUGAAGCCUUGGGUACAUUACAUCCCAGUCAAACCAGACCUCUCUGAUGUCAGGGAGCUGUUGCAGUUUGUGAAGGAAAAUGAUGAUGUGGCACAAGAAAUUUCAGAGAGGGGGCACCAGUUCAUCAUGGACCACUUGCAGAUGAAGGAUGUCUCUUGUUACUGGGAGACUCUGCUGACUGAAUACUCUAAAGCCCUGACUUACAAAGUUAAGAGGAGGAAAAACUAUGAUGAGAUUGUCUCCAAACACUUGAAAACAGAACUUUAAAAACAUUGUGGUUCUCUUUCCAAUUCAAGGCCUGGGACUGGUGGUCACUGAAAAUCCAAAAACUGAUGUACUUUCUGUUACUCUUCUUCCCUUAGAUUUAUUAUCUCAUACUCUAAAGCAGUAGUUCUCAACCGGGGUCCGCGGACUCUGCCUAAAGUGUCCAUGAAAGACUGAAAACUGACUGAACAGAAUUCAACUAUAUAUUCAGACAAUGCAUUUCCAAAGGGGUCCACACCUCCAUUCAGUAUUUCCAAAGGGGUCUGCAAAUGAAAAAAGGUUGAAAACCACUGCUGUAAAGCUACAGCAAGCAGCAUUAUUGUUACUUUAAAACAGUUUGUGUACAAUGAGAGUGAAUCACGUUAACUAGACCCCCAACUUUGGGAGAACAUAUAUAAUCAAUGAGGCGGUUGACUCUAGUGCUUAGAGCAGGGAACUGGAAAUCAAGACUCCUGGGUUUUGUUACCACCCCUAUCUCUAACUCACUGAGCCUGAUCCAAAGUCCAUUGCAGUAAGUGGGAGUCAUCAGUGGAUCAGGCCCCAGGGGACCUCAGGCUAGUCAUUUAAACCCUCUGUGCCUCCCUCCAUAUAGGUAGACUCCUAUCUGGGGCAAAUUUCCAAUGUUAUUGUGAUUGUGUGAUGGCAGUUUGGGUACAAGUGUUUCCUGUCAGCAGCCGUGGUUGGGAUUUUAGGUUACCGUUAUGGGUGAGUUAGGGUUGUUGUUGUUUUUAAGUCUGUAAAGCACCCAGAUGUUAAUGCCAUGUUGGACACUAAAACGUACCUUUGAACAGCUAAACUACCUACCUCACUGAGGGGUUUUGAUGAUGGAUGAAUGUUUUUAAAGUGCUCUCUGAUCCUGAGAUGAGAGGUGCAGUCAUAAUGCACAAUGUUCUCUGCCUUUGCCACCCUAAGGUGUACGCCUCCCAUCCCUUGCAUUUGCCCUAAAUAAUUUCAAGGCCUUGCAUAAACACCGCCUGUCUUUUGACCAAGGAUAGCUGGAUAGAGGUUUUAGUCUGUGCAUUCCUUUGGACACUUUUACCUUAUGUUUUAAAAGUUGGGUUCUUCUUCGAGAGAUGUUCCUGUGGUUGCUCCACUCCAGGUGUUGGUGCGUCCCUGCACCUUCGUUUGGAGAUUUUUACAGCAGUACUCGUACUGGUCACGCACUCACAGAGCCUGCCUCCGCCCUGCCCCGCUCUCAAUGUACCUUAAUGGUACGUGUGUGCGACCGGUCUCCUCAGUUCCUUCUCUACCAUCUCUGGCCUGAGACGGAGCUCAGCAGACUUGUUAGAGACUUUCUCUUCCUUUGUUCAAAUUCCUUCCUAGUUAGUUUGUUACCAAUAGUACUUAGUUACCAUUUUUCUAUCUUCUCUCUCUCUCUCUCUCUCUCUAAAUAAUUUUUUUUUCUUUGUUCCUGUCAGCAGCAGCUGCUUCCGACAUGCCUGGCUCCCCAGGCUUUAAGCGCUGCUCUACCUGCAAUGAUGCGUCCCUCUUUCAGAUGGCCAUUCAAAAUGCAUAAAAUGUUUGGGGGAGUCCCACAUCCCCCCCAAAAUGUGCCCACUGCAGCAAGCUCAAAUCCAGGGUACAGAAGGACAGGGAGCUGAGACUAAAAUUGCUCCUCCUUCAGAAAUCUCUAGGGUCAGCUUCAGACCUGGGUGCCGACUCUGCUGCACACCCCCCCACCCCCUCCGCCUCAAAGAAAGAUUAAAAAAGGCGCCUUCUCUCACCCGCAAAGGGAACUUCGUGGGAGAAGACUUUCCCAGGCAGGUCUACAGCCUCCCUCCCAGCACUUUCCCAGCUGAGCACUUUUGACAUGCUGGGCUCCUCCGGCGCCACGUGAAACCUGCCUGCGGUGGUAGCACAAAACUCUGGUGCUGAGGCUUCAGGCUUCCAGUUGCCUGCCUCUCAUAUGGCACUGUUCGGCACUGCAAAGGAAGCGGGGCCGACACAUUCUGACAUGCCUGACCCCCCGCAGGCUAUUAUUGCUCUCCCGGCACCGGCACCCGCUGAGCUGGCUGGCAGUGAAACAAUGCUCAGGACACCGGUGCAUAGAAACUUUUCUUCACAGCAGAUUCCUCUUGCACAGUCCUCACCUCACAGAGGAGCUCCAGCACCGCAUUUUAUACAGUCAAGGGACCGGCUGGUGUCACCUAUCCUGCAGUCACCCCUACUUAGUGCCUACUUCUCUCCAAAUGCUCAAUCAGGGUCCGAACAGCCUUUCUCCAGUGAUGAGGAAGCUGGACUUCAGGGAGAAUUUUCACCAUAUCAAAUCUCCCAUCCUCAGACCCCAAUCAAUAGAAGUCAUAGAAAAAUUACCUUGUCCUACUCUCAGGAUCCUGCCCCGUGGUGCGUAAACCCCUGGAUGGCACCACUUAUGCCCUUCCCACCACAGUGGCAAUAUUGGGCUCCAUGGGCAUCUUAUCCUUGAGACCACACUUGCUAUGACACCACAGCCAGGCAUGACACCUGCCCGGCACUGCCAGCUGACGAACCUGCCUCCGGUGUAAUGCAACAGGUAGCACCGUCACAACUGCAGGAUCAGUCAUGACAUGCCUCCAACGCAGUGGACCCACUUGUUAUGCCUGAUGAAACCUUACUUCCUCCUCCCCCAACAUCUUCAGAUGACUUCUCAAAAUUUCAAGACCUUUUCAAAAGAGUUGCCAGUGAGUUAAGAAUUAACUUGGAGGAAGUUCCUGAACAGCAGCAUGAGUUAAUGGACAUCCUGUAGCCCUCUUCUUCUUCUAGGAUUGCAUUACUGAUCAACACAGCCCUUUUGGAACCUGCUAUGGCCAUCUGGCAGAAUCCCGCUGCAAGCCUACCUACCUGUAAACGAGAGGAUGGCAAGUACUUCAUCCCUUCCAAGGGCUGUGAAUUCCUUUUCAUUCAUCCAGCGCCAAACUCGCUGGUAGUAGAUGCAGUCAACCAAAGGACCAAACACCAGUUUCUCCGCUCCACCCUAUUUGAUUAGAUCUUCUCGGACGUAAAGUAUAUGCAUCUUCCACGUUACAAUUUCGCAUUGCUAAUUAUACUGCCGUUCUGGCAAAAUAUGACCACAAAAAUUACAAAAAAUUCAUGGACUUUAUUGAUGACAUUCCAGAAGAAAAGAAACAACAAUUCAUGGCUCUAGUUUCCGAGGGACAAAUCAUCUUACAUACUGCUCUUCAAGCGGCCCUCGAUGCAGCCAAUACUGCAGCAAAAUCUACUGCUACAGCAGUGGUCAUGUGCUGAGGUUCAUGGCUCUCCUCCUCUUCCUUUCCUCGAAAGGUCCAGAAUACCAUUGAAGAUUUUCCCUUUGACGGCGACAAACUCUUUGCCUCCACGACGAAUGACGUACUUCCAUUCAAUGAAGGGCAACUCUCCGGUCCUUAGGAAUUCAAACCCCUACAACCAGAAGGCAAUAAUAUAGAUCUCAACCUUACCAGCGUCCACGCUACCCCACGUAUACCCAGCACUUCCAUAGAUCAUAUGAGCAGCAACAGCAACAACAGCAACGCCAGAGACCCAGAUACCAGCGUCAUCCCAAUUCCUCGGCAGCGUCUACGACCAUUCUCCCAUCAAUGGCAGAACAUUACCACCAUCAAGUGGAUUAUAGAGGUCGUCACAAUUGGCUAUUCCAUCCCUUUCCUAUCCUUGCCUCCUUCCUACCCACCCACUCACCCUCCCUGUCCCUCUUCAGGGAUCUCUCUCACAAGCAACUGCUCCUCCAAGAAUUACAACAUCUCUUUCUAUUGGGAGCAGUGGAACUCGUGCCCGAACGACACAGAGGGAAGGGGUUUUAUUCCCAUUAUUUCUUAACAGAAAAGAAAACCGGGGGAUGGUGACUGAUCCUCGACCUCAGGCGGCUCAACAAAUCCAUCAAAAAGCAAAAGUUAAAAAUGGUUACCGUCACCACCAUAAUACCAGCGCUGGAGCAGGGUGAUUGGUUUUCAGCCCUCGACCAAUAGGACUCCUAUUUUCAUGUGACUGUACAUCCGGCCUACAGAUGUUUCUUUUGUUUUACCCUUGGCUUGACACAUUUUCAAUACAGGGUGCUACCCUUCGGCCUAUCCACCCCCCCCGCCCUCCGUGUUUUUUCCAAGCUCCUACCCAUAAUCACUGCCUACCUCAGGAAACAAGGGGUCAUAAUAUUUCCUUACCUCAACGAUUGUCUCCUCAAAGCCUCAACGCUUGACGGCGCGCUUAGAUUCACACAGCUCACCGUUGCUUGCUUCCUAUCCCUCCGCCUACAAAUAAACAAAAACAAAACCACAUUAUCUCCUAGCCAGCACCUGGAGUUCAUAAGAGCACACCUUGACUCUUGGACUGGAAUAGCAUCUCUCCCGCCCGAUCGCUUUAACAGCAUAAAGCUGCGGCAACGAAACUUUGCAACAGUCCUCAGGUCACCUCUCAAGACUGUCUACAACUGCUUUCAUGGUCUAAAAUGCACAACUAUACAUGAGGUACUUCCAAGCUUGGUUGGCCACAGUUUACAAACCGAAUGUGCACGCUUUAAACAAGCCUCUAUCCAUACCUUUCAGAGUCAAAGACUCUCUCCUAUGGUGGAUAGUUCCCUCCAACCUCUGCUCAGGAGUCCUCUUUCUCCAGGAUGCUCCAUCCCUCAUAAUGACUACCGAUGCAUCCCUCACAGGGUGGGAUGCACACAUUUCCACCACAGCCCAGGGUCUAUGGUCUUCAACUGAAACCUCCCUGCACAUAAACGUCCUAGAACUUCGAGCCAUAGGCAAUGCCUGCUGUCACUUCCUCCCAUUAAUCCGCAACAAACAUUUAUGGAUAAUGACAGACAACAUCUCUUGCAUGUUCUAUGUAAACAGGCAGGGAGGAGCUCGCUCUCACUCGCUUUGCACAGAAGCUAUGAAGCUCUGGAAUUGGUGCCCUGCGAACAACAUCCGGAUAUCAGCCGCCUAUCUUCCCAGAGCUAUGAAUACCACAGCGGACGAAUUAAGCAGAUGCUUUCCCUGGGAUCAUGAAUGAGAGAGAAAUGAGACAAUCAUCCGCAACAUAUUCCACAUUUGGGGCUACCCAACUAUAGACCUUUUUGCAACUGCGAAAAACACUAAAUGUCCCGAAUUUUGCUCCAGAUUGGGACUGGGAAAACAUUAUGGUCCCAUGGCAUCAGGACUUACUUUAUGCUUUUCCCCCGAUACCGGCUCUCCACAGAGUUCUGACAAAGAUACGAACAGAUUGUGCCACUGUGAUUCUGAUUGCCCCAUCAUGGCCUAGACAACCGUGGUUUUCGUUCCUCACCAGAAUGUUACUUCGCCCACUGAUUUCAUUGCCCCUCACUGCGAAUCUCCUAUCACAGAAACACGGCCGAUUUCUUCAUCCCAACCAUGUUUCAUCUCAAAGCUUGGUUCCUAUAUGAUUCUCCCAAAACGAACUAGCAUGCUCUGAGCAGGUUCAAAGAGUGCUCCUACAUAGCAGAACACAAUCUGCUCGCAUCACCUAUCUCUGAAAGUG